AUGCACGCCCUCAAGCGGAUGCGGCAGCAGGCGGACGAGCAGCGUGCGGCGGCGCAGCGGCAGCUGGCGGGCACGCUGGGGGCGCUGGGUGCCGUUGGGGGGCCCGGCCAGGCCCCAACCGUGAUUCCGGCUGCCGGCGGCGGCGGGAUGAUGGCGAUGGCCAGCGCCGAGGCGCUGCGACGGAUGCACAUCCAGCAGGCCAUGGCGGCGCGGCAGGCGGCAGGCGGGGGCCCAGGCGGGAUGGGUGCGUCCAGCAAGGAGGCACGCGUGGCGGGAUUCAAGGCGCUGCUGGCUGACGAGGGCGUCAAUGCUUUCAGUUUCUGGGACAAGGUCCGCCCCAAGCUGGAGAAGGACGCCAGGUGGCAGCUGCUGCCCAGCAACAAGGACCGGCGCGCCGUGUUUGAGGAGUUCUGCAAGAACGUCGCCGCAGAGGCCAAGGCGGCCCGCGCAGUGGCUGAGCGCGUCACCACUGACGGCUUUGCCGCCCUGCUGGAGGAAGCGGUCGCGCUCGAGCGCCGCGUGGCGGCGGAGAUGGAGGCGGCGGCCGCAGCGGCGGAGGAGGAACGGCGCGCGGCCGUGGCCGAGGACGAGGAACGACGGCGCCGGCAGCAGGAGGAGGGGGAGGUUGGCGAGGCUGGCGACGGCAAGGGGGACGGCGCCAGCGCGGUUGCCGCCCCCGCUGGGACCGGCGAAGGGGACGUUGGUGCUGUUGGUGGUGUUGGUGCGGUGCGCCCUCCCCGCAGCCCCGGGUCCAUCCCUGAGGACGAGCUCGAGGGCCUGGCCUACUCCAGCCUGGAGCGCUACUGGGGGGCGGACGAGCGCUGGGCGGCGCUGGAGGAGCCGCGGCGGCGCGACAUGUUUGAGCGGAGAUUCGGGGCGGCGGCCGCGGCGGCAGUAGAGCGCAAGAAGGCGGCCCAGCAGGCGCGCGUGGCGGCGUACCACCAGCUGCUGCGCUCCCUUGGGGUGGACGGCGACACUCGCUGGACGCCCAUUGCGGCUGACGUGGCGGCGCACCCUGCGGGCGCGGCGCUGGGGCCUGAGGAGCGGGAGGAGCUGUUCCGGCGGUUCGUGGACGACCUGCGGGAUCGCAAGCGGGCGCAGGAGGCAGCUGCAGCCGAGGAGGAGCGGCGGCAGGCCGACGCAGAGGCGCGCCUGGCAGCACAGGGGGAGGAGGCAGACAAGCGGCGGCGGCGCGCGGAGCACGGCACUGCUGUUGCGUCGUACAAGACCUUGCUGGCAGAGCUGGUGCGCGACCCUGGCGCGCGCUACAGGGACUGGAGGGACAAGCUGGCGCGGGACUCGCAGGGCCGCGCCUCCCAUCCGGCGCUGCAGCCCCAUGAGUAUGAGGCGCUCUUCACCGACCACACGGCAGCCCUGGAGGACGCGGUCGUCGCCGCAGCGAAAGACGCCCUCGCACCCCUCCUGCUGCCCCUGCUGCCGCCCGCGCUCGUCGCCGCCGGGGAAGCCGCGCGCGCGGCCGCCAAGGCGGCUUCCGUGGGCACCCUGACCGCCAUCCUGAGCAGCGGCGGCGUGAUACCCAGCACGGGCGGGGCCGCGCCUGAGUGGCCGCGCGUGGAGGCGCGUGCCCUGGCGGGCCCCCUGAGGAGCUGCGAGGCCCUGCUGCGCGACGAGGGUGCGGCGGCGGCGCUGGAGGGCGACGGCCGCUGGGCGCGCGCCUCGGAAGGGGCCAGGCUGCGGGCGUGGCGCGAAUGGACAGAGGAGUUCGUGUGGGGCCGCCCGCCGGGCGCCCAGGCGGCGGCGGCGGGGCCAGACGGAGAGCGCCGUGCCGGCGGCGGCGGCGUUGAGGAGCGCGGGGCACCUGGCACGCGGCGCGACCGGCGGGACGACGCACCCGAGCCGCGGCUGGCGCCCCGGCUUGGAGGCUAUGUCGGGGGCAAUCCGCGGGAGCGUGAGCGCGGCCGCAGCAGGGAGCGUGAGCGGCGGCGCAGCAGGAGCCGCAGCCGCAGCCGCAGCCGGGAGCGCGACUACCGGGACGGCAGGGACGGCAGGGAGCGCGGCGGCGUCCGCGACGAGGACCGAGACCGCGACUACUACAAGCGGCGGCGGCGGGACUAG